GCAACUGCACGCCACCUGCAACGAGCGUGCGCGCCGCGGCAUAGUUCCCGGAAACGAGUUGUAUGGGGCGGCGCCGUUCCUUGUUCGCCAUACUUGCACAGGGAAGAGCAACAGAAGCACUUAUUCUGCUAGCGUCUGGGAAAAAACAGCAGGAAAACGACAUGGCUGAGGACGAUUUGACUCCGGAGCAACUAGCAGCCAUCGCUGCGGAGAACGACGUAGGUGAGACGGUCAACUACAAGCCCCCGGCCCAGAAGACCCUGCAGGAAAUCCAGGAGCUGGAUCAGGAUGAUGAGAGCCUCCGGAAGUACAAGGAGGUUCUGCUAGGAGCCGGUGCUGCUGCUGCUGUCGCUGAUCCCAGCGUUCCCAACGUCCAGGUGACACGGUUGACACUGAUGUGUGAGACUGCCCCGAACCCACUGACCCUUGACCUGCAAGGAGAUCUGGAGGCCUUUAAGAAGCAGUCCUUUAUCCUGAAGGAGGGAGUGGAGUACAGAAUAAAGAUCAGCUUCAAAGUGAACAAGGAGAUUGUCUCGGGACUCAAGUAUGUCCAGCAGACCCACAGGAAAGGAGUGAGAAUUGACAAGUCGGACUACAUGGUGGGGAGCUAUGGGCCGAGGCCGAACGAGUACGACUUCCUGACCCCGCUGGAGGAGGCUCCUAAAGGCAUGCUGGCCCGCGGCACCUACAACAUCAAGUCCAAGUUCACCGACGACGAUAAGCACGACCACCUUUCUUGGGAGUGGAACCUCAACAUCAAGAAAGACUGGAAAGAUUAAGAAAGAGGCCUUCAAAACCAACCCCCACAACCAUGUCCCCAUUUCACCAUGAGUCUAUUUUCUUGUACUUCAUUCCAUCCUCAUGCCUUCAAUCUUCAUUCUGACCCUUCCUCUCCAUUCCGACCCUUCCAUCCCUCUCUCUUUUUUCCCCAUUUAUCCGUCUGCAUUAGUAGCAGCAGCAGACGCAACGCCCCCCUCUGUCCGUCCAUCCCUCCUCUGCUUUCAUUGGUUGCACAAAAUCCACCAUUGAGUCAAUGCCCUCAACCUGCCAAGAAUUUGGUUAGGACUGACUGGGAGGGGCCUCAGUGGGGAAGGGGAAACUAGCUGUUAUUGGCAGAGGUUUGGAACGAUUCAUUAUUGGUUUAUUAACUAAUUUACCAAGGCAGUCUUUUCAAACAGCUCCAACACUGAAAGGGCAUUAUCAUAAUUUUCACAAUAUUAUUCCAACCUGGUAUUGGGCCUUUAAGUUUGAUCUAAUUGUAUGAAUAAUAGUAUACUGUGGCUUUGUUCAUGUCACUGUUGAUAUUAAUCAGCUUUUAUUGUCAAUCCUUCCCCGACAUCUUUUUCCUUACCCCUUUUAGCAUUCCUUUGCCUGCCUUCUUGCUAGCUUUUUUUUAUUAUUUUUCAUAUAUUUUACCAAGACCUGCCUUGUUAAAGAUAUUCUCCUGUACUUUUGUAUUUUUUUGCCAGUAGUUAUGAAAGUAGCACCCACGAGCCAAAAGUGGUCUCUGAAAAUCGCAUGUCACAAAUAUGUGCACCAUGACAUUGCUCUCGUUCUACUGUGUGUGUGUGCGUCUUGUUACCCGUCACUCAAAUGACGUAAGGGGCUUGCCCAAGUGGGGCUUAAUGUAGGGGUUAAAAAGUUCUGGAGCAUGUAUUUUUAAACCUACAGUGAAAUAAUGAGAUGCUUUACUUCAGCACCUCCUACCCCCCCACCCUUAAAUGUUUAACCCUUUCCUCUUACAUGGGGAUUGGGGCCAAGGUAACCUAAUGUAGCAGGUGUAUAAUUUUUUUUGAAGUAAUUACGCCUGAAAGUAGAUCCCCUAUAUAAGGGGUAUUCAACUCUUACCCUAUGAUGUCCGCAUCCUGCUAGUUUUCUGUUGUAUGUGGAGGACGAGUUAAGGUGGCGUGUCGCCUUGUUAAUGUCCAAAAGCAGAAGUCCAUUUCCCCUGAAAACAGGAACAUCCAGUAGUUUAGGAUUCGGCAGAGGCUAGGGCAAAGGAAGUGAAAGAUAAUGACAUUGUAAAAAAUAAAAUAAAAAGGGCGUAAGCCCCAGUGCUGCCUCAUACCGAAAGAUCAAAAUAAUCAGUUUCACUCACCAAUAAUCAGUUCACUACUCUUGUGCAGUUGUCAUGGUAGUGCACUAACAGAUGGUGCAUGCCUUGGGCUGUAUGUUGUGUAUUUCAUGUGGUGCUUGCCAUCAGGUAGACUCACUCAAGGGCAUAUUGUAAUAUCAACUGUUCCACCAUCUUAAUCGCUUUGCUAGUUGAGAUUCUCCCUGUCGUCUUUACACACAUGCUGCUCCCGCCGUGAACUCAACCUCCACUAGUAAACACAAGUUAACAUGGUAGUUAGAAUGAGAAUAGAAUACACCACCUAGAAUUGACCAAUUUUGUUUUUUUUCCCCUUGCCCACCCCAGCAAGCCACUUCAUCAUUAUUGUUAUUAUCAUUAUUGUUCAUCCUUAGCCAUGAGGCCUUAUCGUCGACUUCGGUCGCGUGAAAAAGAGACAUGAUUAUUUUAUUUUUUUUGCCUUAAUGUACAUCAAUCCCCAGUCAGAUUUCCCUCCUCCCCACCUCACUCACAUGUUAUAAACCUUAGGGCCUGCUGUCGGAGGUCAAAGGUGAUGACAAGUACCAGAGAAGGCACAGGAGUCGAGAAUGACUCACCGUCUGCUGCUGGAGACAUUGACGGUGUUUCAGCUCUCAUUAGGAACAGGAGCUGGUAGGGUUUAGAUGUACACCUCCACAGUCAGGCCCCAGCCUUUGCCCAAUGACCUAUUGACGAAAAGAGACGUUGAUGGAAGAACGGUCAAGUUUGCACAGAGUAGGAUGUGCUAGCAGAAAAUGUGUGAUACUGUUUGAGUAUGUUAAGAGGGAGGGAUUUUGGAUCAGAAAGGGGAAUUGACAUGUACUGUACCCUAAGCAUAUGGAUGUAGAAGUGUUUCAGAUAUUGUGCUUUUCCAUACAUUCCUUCACACAUUGUACAGUUUCGAUGCUGGUGGGGUUGUAUGCAUAUUUGAUCAUUUGUGAUUGCUCUUCAUGGACAAUAAAGAUGUUACUCAACUUGG